CAACAACAACAUGAACAUCAACAUCUACAACAACCAAAACACAACACCAACAAAAACAACAACAACAACACUGUGGAAACUCCGGAUGCUCCUGCACCCCAACUGCACCCAAUCCACCUUUCCGCCUAACCUGCACACUCGCCUCCAACCCGACUCGAAACCCGAUCACGCCCACGCCAACUCCAACGCCAACACCCAUCCCACCCGAUCGCCCGAUCAGUCAGGCUUCGACAAUUCGGGACAUGGCUAUUACGUUGCCACCGACGAGGAUGAUGGCGACAUGCGCACCCGCGGCAAUGGAAAUGGUAACGGCUACGCCUAUAGCCGGCCCCCUCAAUCGCUCUCCUCGCCCUGCGGCCGCUUGGCCGGAAAUUGUCCCUAUGGCGGAGGCUCCAAGGUCUCAUCCUCGGCCAUAAGCAGCGAGAGCUCCCGCGGCGGAGGACAUACCAGUGUCCUAGGAUCAGAUGCUGGCAUCAAGCCCAAUGGCCAGGGCAGCUGGACCUAUCUGGGGGACCAGGAUAAAUCCGAGGGCAGCGGCAGCAGCAGCGGAGGGAGCAAUGGAGGAGGGAGUGGCUCAUCGGGUAGCGCUAGCAUGAGCAGCGGCAGCAGUCGGGAUCGAGAAAGGGAACGGGAUCGGGACCGCGAUGCACAGAGCUCUUCCUAUGGUGGCCGACCGCGUCCUCUAGGCGUCAGCUAUCUGCUCGAACGCGACUCGGGCAAUGCCGCAGACGCCUCCUCGGAUGGCCAAAGCGACCCGGCGAGUCCUGCCAGCGGUGGUGGUGAAAUUAAUGGUGAGGGAAUGCCCAUUCCCGCGGCCCAGACGGCCUCCGAGGGCAAUCCCGGCAAGACAAUGGACAAUGCAAGGCAAUAG